AAAAAAAUUAAAAUAAUUUUUAUAGACAUAUUAUGAGUGGACAACCAGUUAUUGAUAUGAUUAACAACUCAGACAUUACAAGAUAUAAUAGUAUUGUCUAUUCAUUGGUCAACAAUCCAUACUUACUGAAAGUCAUUUGCCAACAAAUGGACGUCAAAACGUUGGCCAACUGUAUUGCAGUGAGCCGUGAGUUUCACGAUAUAGCCCAAGAAGUAAUGGAAAAACGUCACGGUUUGCAGCACCUGAUGCUCAAACACAACCGUGACAUUUAUGACGACAUGCGUCCGUUUGCAACUGCACUAACAGAUUGGAUCAAUUCAUCGAUUGAUUUCAAGCCUCGCACAGCAUUUAUACUAUUUGGCGGCUAUAAGCGGACACCGGACUAUCGCAAAAGUAUUAAUACACUAACAAAACUGACCUCCGGGUUUCCCAAUGGCUGUCAAAUUGUUUAUUUGGAUGUCGGCCCGCGAGUCAUAAAGAGUGGACAGUCACACAAUACGAUAACCAUUAACACUAUCGCACAGAAUAAUAAGUUAGCCAUCAAUCCAUUAAUUCAGUCGAAAAUGUCGUGUAUAUUGUUAUCUAACAUAUCGGGCAUUCAGGUAAACACCUAUCGAUCGUUGGACGCCAUCGUCGACACCGCAAACAUCAAAUGUGUAAUAUAUUUGAAAUCAAUGAAAAUUAUCAAUCGAUCGCAUCAGUCGUUUAAUAUAAUCAGAAAGAUCAACACCGAAAUUCGUGUUCUCAAACAACGAUUCGGAGGACAAGUGGCCAUUGCUGGUGGACUUAUAGAUGCGGCCAAAUGUUGGUUAAAGGGUGAGCCGCCGCGUUCACUGCCUAACCCAAACAAACCAAACAAUAAGGCUCGAGGACUUGACGAAACAUUUUUGGCCGAUCCAGUGAUUAUAACGUUUGGUGGACCGAACCUGUUAGCCGCCAGUUUGGUAUUGUCUUACGGCUGGUAUUACAUCAAUCAACUAAUUGGUGGAUUUAAGGCUGAAUUGGAUCCACAGUUCACUCUCGAUGACCCGAAUAUCAUUACUCAGGGCAUACUAUUUGGCAAUAAAAUGAUAUGCAAAGGAUUUUACAACACUGUACUCAUCAAUGCUUUCAAACAACACUUUCCAUCCGUUGAAUUGUUUGGGUUUCGGUCAAAAAAGUUUAUGUUUGGUACUACCUGUCCAUCUAUUCAUGAACCGAAUAUAACAGUUUACAAUAAUAACCCAAACCUUCCCUAUCAUUCAUUGUAUCCAAAAUACAAUUCAGUGCUGCUAUUAAUCAGCUAUCGUAUCGAUCCAUAG